AUGGCGCUCUUCGCGUCCACCCACGGGCGCAAGUUACCUGUCACGCUCGACGUCUUGUCCUACAAUGACGUGUACGAAAUGGGGCAGGACACAGUCGGUACGGUGCACCUCGGCGGUCCAUCUCGAGUCGUCCCGAUCGCUACGGCCAUGCGGAAAGCCAACGCCAAUAGCCUCGUGCUCUUUGCAGGCGACACCGUCUCGCCGUCGCUCUGGUCGACGCAAUUCAACGGCCAGCACAUGGUGCAGGCCCACAACGCCCUUGGCCUCGACUUUGCAGCACUGGGGAACCACGAGUUUGACUUUGGCCUCGAGAACUUUGUCAACGUGACGCGGGCGUCCAAGUUUUCGUGGCUGAACGCUAACUGCUACGAACGGGCGACGGGCGCGUUGCUCCGGGGUACGGUGCCGUAUGCCAUCAAGAGGCUAGCGGGCGCGAAGAACGGAGCCUUGGUCGUUGGUGUCUUUGGUGUCAUGUACGACAUGCAGGACACGAGCAAGGGGUUGUACUGGGAAGACCCGAUCGAAGCUGCUCGAAAGCAGGUCAAGGCGUUGCAAGCGCUCGGCGUGGACGUGGUCAUUGCCCUGACGCAUCAAGGCUUUGCGGCCGACAAUCGGUUUGCGGCCGAGGUGCAGGGCGUGGACUUGAUCGUGGGCGGCCACGACCACACGUCCAUGCUGGAGACCAAGUUUGGCACGCCGUAUGUCAAGGCGGACUUUGACUUUCGCUCGAUCUGGAAGACGCACAUUGAGUACGAGGCGGCGCGCGCAGGGGCGGGCCGCAAGACCGUGAUCACGCACGAGCGGAUUCCGAUCGUCGAGAGCCUGCCAACGGACAAGGCGCUGGACCAGGUGAUUGCCUCGUACCGGGCGCAGAUGGAAGCGCUGGAGAAGCGCGUGAUUGGGAGCGUCUGCGAAGACCUGGACUUGACCCAGAAGGUCGUCCGCGCACGCGACAGCACGAUUGGAUUCCUCUUUGCGGACGCAGGGCGACAGUUUUACGGCAACGGCUCAGCUGACGUGGCCGUGAUGAACGGUGGCGGCAUUCGGGGCGACAAGAUCGUUCCGGCGGGGAACCUGUCGCUCGGUGAGGUCUUGUCGUGGUCGCCUUUUGGCAACACGUUGAUGACCGUCCAGACGAACGGUGCGUCGCUAAAGCAGUUUCUGACCCGCGAGAUGGGCACCAGCUGCGGCGCGGGUCGUGCGAUUCAAGAGAACGGCUUCUACGUGCACCCGUCAGGCUUCCAGUACACCUUCACGUGCACGGGCGAAGGGGUUGGCACCGUGUCGAGCUUGACGUGGCUCAACCACCCGACCAAGCGCGGUGUGAUUCAGGACUCGGACGCGCUUGUCAUGGCGAUCAGCAACUUCCUGUACACGUCCGAGUUCAUUGUUCUCCAAGGCGUGCAAGCUACCGUUCGGAUCAGUGAGGCAGAGGCCGAGCGCGUGGACUCGGCCCUGGAGACGUACGUUACGAAAUGGAGCAAUGGCAACGUGUGUCUGCGACUGAGCGAGCAGCGCUCUUCCGUCUCCUUUUGA